GCUAUCACUGUGAAUAUACCUGUGGAGACGCCGAAUCAUAAAUAGUUUGGUUUCAAUGUGGUCAACGACUGUAAUCCUCACUUGGCUAAGUUUAAGGCCAUCUAACAAAAGAAGAACUUAGCUCGGCUGCUGUUCAGUCAGGAUGGGGUCAGUUGUGUGGGAAUGUGGAUAAACGUUUUAAUAUCUUAACGUUAAACAUACUAUAUAAUAAUGUGAAAAGAAAAAGCAAGAUGUCUCACACCUGUAUCUUAAUCACAUCUUCUGGACUAAACGAACAGCAUUGUACACAAAGAGCUUUCAAGUUUUGAAGAACCUUAAAUGAGGACUGAAAUUAUUGGCAUUAAAGUAAAAUCUGAAGGUACGUGAGGAGUUUGAAGAGUUUUCUGACUGGGGUCCAUAACUGGCCCCGCUUGCUUGGAAGGAUGGCUGCUAGCUGGAUGUUCUGUUAUCUUUGGCUUUUGGAUGUUUUGGUGGGGCGCACAAGAGGGCACAGUUUAUUUUCUUGUGAGCCCAUCAUCUUGCGGAUGUGCCAGGAUCUGCCUUACAAUACCACCUUUAUGCCUAAUCUUCUGAAUCAUUAUGACCAGCAAACAGCUGCAUUAGCGAUGGAGCCGUUUCAUCCUAUGGUGAAUUUGGAAUGCUCCAGAGAUUUUCGACCAUUUUUGUGUGCCCUCUAUGCUCCUGUGUGCAUGGAGUAUGGCCGUGUCACUCUCCCCUGUCGCAGACUUUGUCAAAGGGCAUAUAGCGAGUGCUCCAAACUCAUGGAGAUGUUUGGGGUCUCUUGGCCUGAGGAUAUGGAGUGCACCAGAUUCCCAGAUUGUGAUGAGCCAUAUCCUCGUCUUGUUGACCUCAAUUUAGCUGGAGAGCCCACGGAAGAGGCCCCAGUGGCAGUACAGAGGGAUUACGGUUUUUGGUGUCCUCGGGAGCUAAAAAUAGACCCUGAUCUGGGUUACUCUUUCCUGAGGGUACGGGACUGUUCCCCUCCUUGCCCAAAUAUGUACUUUCGUCGUGAAGAGCUCUCCUUUGCUCGCUAUUUCAUUGGCGUGAUCUCCAUCGUCUGCCUUUCUGCGACCUUGUUUACUUUUUUAACUUUUCUGAUUGAUGUCACAAGAUUUCGCUAUCCAGAAAGACCUAUAAUAUUUUAUGCUGUCUGUUACAUGAUGGUGUCAUUGAUUUUCUUCAUUGGCUUUCUGCUUGAAGACCGAGUAGCGUGUAAUGCAUCUAGUCCUGCCCAGUACAAGGCUUCCACAGUGACACAGGGCUCUCACAACAAAGCUUGUACCAUGCUUUUCAUGGUACUCUAUUUCUUUACCAUGGCUGGCAGUGUUUGGUGGGUCAUUCUUACCAUCACGUGGUUCUUGGCAGCUGUGCCAAAAUGGGGCAGUGAAGCAAUUGAGAAGAAAGCGUUGCUCUUCCACGCCAGUGCCUGGGGCAUUCCAGGAACUCUAACCAUCAUCCUCUUAGCAAUGAAUAAAAUUGAAGGUGACAAUAUUAGCGGCGUAUGUUUUGUUGGCCUCUAUGAUGUGGAUGCAUUAAGAUACUUUGUUCUUGCUCCCCUCUGCCUGUAUGUUGUGGUUGGAGUUUCCCUUCUGCUGGCUGGCAUUAUCUCUCUCAAUCGGGUUCGCAUUGAAAUCCCAUUAGAAAAAGAGAACCAGGACAAACUAGUGAAGUUCAUGAUCCGGAUUGGCGUGUUCAGUGUUCUGUACCUCGUACCGCUCUUGGUUGUAAUUGGCUGCUAUUUCUAUGAGCAGGCUUAUCGAGGUGUGUGGGAGACGACGUGGAUUCAAGAACGCUGCAGAGAAUAUCACAUCCCGUGUCCCUAUCAGGUCACUCAGAUGAGUCGCCCAGAUUUGAUUCUCUUUCUCAUGAAAUAUCUUAUGGCUUUGGUAGUUGGAAUACCCUCUGUCUUCUGGGUUGGAAGCAAAAAGACCUGUUUUGAGUGGGCUAGCUUCUUCCACGGACGCAGGAAAAAAGAAGUUGUAAAUGAGAGUCGUCAAGUGCUGCAAGAGCCAGAUUUUGCCCAGUCUCUUCUGAGAGAUCCUAACACCCCCAUCAUCCGAAAGUCAAGAGGCACUUCCACCCAGGGCACCUCGACUCAUGCCUCCUCCACCCAGCUGGCUGUGAUGGAUGACCAAAGGAGCAAAGCAGGCAGUGUCCACAGCAAAGUGAGCAGUUACCACGGCAGCCUGCACCGAUCGCGUGAUGGCCGGUACACUCCCUGCAGCUACAGAGGCGUAGAAGAAAGACUACCUCAUGGCAGCAUGUCACGACUGACUGAUCAUUCCCGGCAUAGCAGUUCUCAUCGGCUUAACGAACAGUCACGUCACAGCAGUAUCAGGGAUCUCAGCAGCAAUCCAAUGACACACAUCACGCACGGGACCAGCAUGAAUCGCGUUAUCGAAGAGGAUGGAACCAGUGCUUGAUCUGCUCUUAUCAUAAAGGCAUCGUUCAUGUGGCUGUACAGCUCGCAGUCCGUUUCUCAGUGAUGUGAUAAUGCUCAGUAUUAUCAUGCCUCUCAUCGGGUGCUGAUUUUGUGCAUCAGGAAGCCAAAAAUGGCGCGUUCGUUUUAAAGCCAGCGUUCUUGUACUUGCGUCAGAGCUAGAGUGUUCAGCAGUCUUGAAUUAUCGAGUAAAAAGCUGGUUGCCUCAUUUGAACCUAUCAAUAGGUAAUUAUUUAUUCGAUAGCUAUUAUUUUCCCAUCAGACACCAUUGCUGAAUUUCUUAUUCUUUGUUUAAAGAAAUCUUCCCCUCCCUCCAAUGUGUCCAUAUGUCAGUAAGUGUUACCCUUGAAAACUCGCCGGCAAGGUCACGUUGAGAGUUGUUCAAAUAGGCAUAAGGAAACUCUUGAAUAUUGAAGGAAUUCUUCCACGCAACUCCUUUGUCUCUAAUUAGAUAAUAAACCGGUGCUUGUUUUCAUCAAGCUCAGAGGGAGGGACGCAUAUUAAAUACUGUAUAACGGACAUCUGUGAGAAAUCGGCAGGCAUUUUUAAACAGUAACACUGGAAAUGCAACAAAGGAAUGAGCCUUUUGGAGAAGGAAAGGAAACUCCACUGCUGAUCACCAGCUCUUACCCGAGCUGUGCAGGCUCA